GGCUUUUUAUUAUUUGUUAUUUAGACUCCAUGCAAAAAGCCUAAAUAGGAUAAACUUAUAUUCCAUGGUAGCGGAGUGACCUUCUAUUGAUUACCAUAGAAGCUUGAAGCUGGUUGGAGGUUUUAUUUUGGUGACAAGGUCCUUUAAAAAACUGCUGGUAAAACCUUUCAUUAGAAGGUCCAAAAACUAGUUUGUUUUAAGAUGGCCAUGUAUCAUCCACUAGAUGGAGUUUAUCCAACACACAGAGACCCUUCUGGUGUUGGUUUCCAAGAUCUUCCCACCGGUUAUCCUAACAGUCUGGGUGACUUUGGGGCCCUUGAAGACAUUUAUUUUCCCCUGCUAAACUACUUUGAGUCUCCUCAUGCUUGGUAUAACUAUAACAGCUUACCAGGCUCAACAGGAGGGCCCACAGCGCCUCUUAUUCCAGGUCCUGCCAGUCAUGGAAAAGGCAGUGAUUGUUGGCCACAAUUCUUGGACAUCAGUUACUCCAAGCGACCAGUAGAAAGAAAUGAUUCGGUCUCUGACACCAGCGAAGAAGCAUUCUGGGAUCCCAGUAAGGAGGAACAUCAACCCGAACAUGCUGCUUCUGGAAAUCUGGAGGGAAAAGGACACAGCCAACCUCUCGUGGAAAAGACACAGGAUCUGUCCAGAGUCCAAACUCCCAGCACUGAUCAAGCAAUGACCAAUUCGCUUGUCCACGUCCCUUCCAAAACGGAAACUAUGACCAAACGCAAUCCGAGUCUUGACUCCCAGUGGACACCUCCACUGACGGUGGACUAUGAAAGCUCCUUUAUUGCACACCUAAGAAAUGAAUUUGGCAAAAUUGAAGCCAAGCCUGAGAUUCUGACAAAAGAGGAUCUUGAAGUUUUUGCUAAAGUGUACAGAAGGAAGAGAUCAUCACUUGGACACAAUCAAGACAACGUAGCUCUAAUCCUUGGUGCCAUGUUUGAUAGAUUCUUCAGCCAGACAACUAUGUGCAGAUUUGAAAACGUUAAUCUAAGCAUAACGAACAUGUGUUCUCUGAAGCCUUACAUUGAAAAAUACAUAAUUGCAUCCGAGGUCUACCCAGAUAUCCUAGAGUCUAUAGAGAAGGAGAGCACCUUUGUGCCAAAGAGAAGGAAACCACGAUCAUCCUUCCCUGUUUCUUUAAAGGCAGAAUUGGAAAAACAAUACACACGUUUUCACACUAAACCUAGUCCUCCCCAGAUCGCUGAAAUUGCAAACCUCUUAAAUCUUCCUAAACAGACUGUCUGCACAUGGUUUUCAAAUCAAAGACAGAAGGAAAAGCGUAAAGCCAAGGCUGAAAAGAAGUCUGACAAGAGGCGGAAAGUAGAGAAUGAGACACGGGCCUUGGAGAUGAUGAAAUCUAUGAUUCAGGAAGAGCCCGUGUUGUACAACAUGUUUCAAGGCUACAAUACACCUACUAUGGACUCUCAACUGAAUGUUCCUACUGCAAACCUAAAUAUGAUGUAUCAACCAGAUGCUGCUAUAUGUUAUAACUAUUCUGAGGCAUCUGCAAAAUUAGGCAAAUGAUAACUUAAUGUGUCUAAAUCUUCCUUCCGUGUUUAACUGGGUUUGGGGUUUUUCCGCUUGGGAUAUAUGAAUUACAUUUUAAAAGAUAUAUAACUACACUAUUACUGGUGGCUCCAGGAAUGCUAGCACUUAAACUCCAUAGUUGAUUAUUAUGAAGAAACAAAGCAAUCCGAUCUACAGCCACCAGGGUGGGGGGAGGGUUUUGCUGAAUCAAAGUGUUAUGAAAUGGUCUUGGUUUAGGACUGAAUUGUCCCAUUCAAGGCUUUAGUCUUCUUCUCUCCGGGCAAAUCCCAGGUGUUCCUAU